AUGACGGAACGAUGUCGCCUUAAACUGCUGCCACUCGAUGAUCAGGGAGUUCCGCGAUACGAUGACCAGACGGGAGAAGUGAUGAUACCAGAAGACGAUUUUCUUCUUUACAAAGGAAUAUGCGACAAAACGAUGAUUCUUCUGGACAACUGGAUUGAGAACAGAGAAAAUGCUGAACAUGGAUUGCUUAAGAUAGCAGAAGAGCUUGACCGUUGGGAACUUGGCAGCAACAUCUCUACAACAGCUGGCUCUAUUGCUGGAAUUGCUGGAGGCGCUGCGGUUAUUGCUGGAGUCCUUGUUAUGCCACCAGUUGCCGUGGCAGGAUUGAUUGUUGGUGGGGCCGCAGCAGCUUCAAACCUGUCCACUGGUAUCCUUAAAAUGCGCAACACCAAGAAAAAUGUAGUAAAUGCUAUGAAAAUGCUCGAAUACGACAAAAAACUAACUGAAAAUCUAGCAAAUGGCAUCGCCUUGAUUGAAGAGACCGAAGCAUCACUUUUGACGAAGAACUAUGUGGGAAUUGAAGAAAGACUCGGAAGUCGCCCAAGCCGUGAAACUCUGUUAUCAGGAGUUGGUAUUGGAGCCGUUUCGGUUGCGGGUGGAGCUGCUCGUCUCCUUCUCAAAGAGACGGCAGUUAUCCAGUCGGCUGCUCUGAAGGGAGCUGUCCACGCAGCUGCAGGCAUAGGAAUCGCAAUUGAUGCGCUAACAGCUGUACUGAGCAUAAAGGGAUUAGUGGAUGGUUCCCAUUCGGAAGUGGCAAAAAAGCUGCGGGUCGCAGCUGAAAAACUGAAGGAGAGUCGCGAAGAAAUCACGCGCCGCAUGCUCAUGGAUUAUUUGACAUACAUUAGCGGUGUAGAGGUAUCAGGUAUCAGGUCAUUCAAUCAAUUCUUUUAUCAGCCCACUCCUUGA